GAACUUGACACACCGACACGCUUGACAACAACCAACUGCAUCUUUCACAGUUUCCCUUGUUCCGCCAUCCAGCCAAUUCCUCAGCGCUUCAACCAUGAUAGCCUCGCCGCCGCCAAUCCAUGCUGGAAGUCUACCUUAGAAGCGUUGCAAGCACACUAUUCCAUACAGAGAUCUGCACCCGCGCUUGCAGCCAUGGCUGAAACCUCGGAUCAUAUCUCUCAGGCACCCCGCGCCCAAGGAGAUGAGCCCCAUCUCGGCCACCUCGACUCGGACGACUCGCCGGCGCGCGUAUCCGGCGAUAUUGACAGAGACGCGCGUGAAGACACCGAGCUGGCGCGGUUAAGACGCAAUUAUAGCCGCGUUUCGUCCCACCGGCCCCAGGGUUCGAGCACCACAUCCAAGAAGCCAUCCGGCCCCUUGGAACGCUUCACUUAUGUCGUCUCCGGGUUCUGGCGGCAUCAGAUCAGCAUCACGGUUGAGCACCCACUUGAAAGAACCUUUCUUUCUUAUCUCAGGACCUCGUUGGCGCUAUCCAUGAUUGGAGUAACUAUCGCCCAACUCUUCCGCCUCCAACACGCGCCCCAGCCAAACGCACACUUUGGCUUCUUUGUUCUCGGGAAGCCUUUGUCGUGUAUCUGUCAAGGAGCUGCAAUCUAUACUCUCGCUAUUGGAUCCUUUCGGACCUGGAGGUCCCAAAAUGCAAUGGUCAGGGGGAAAGCGAUAUCUGGAGGCUUCGAGAUAGUCCUAUUAGCAGGGGGGGUGUUCCUCGUGAGUUUUAUCAAGUUGUUCUAAAUUUAGGUUGAUCUUUGACUCAUGUCUCUGCUUAGUUGUUGACACUUUUCCUGGCCCUCUUGAUAACAAUCGACAUUGAGAAGGAGAACCUGGGUUGAGCAAAUCCCAAUAAUCUAAUGUAUCGAUAGGCAUCACGAGCCGACCGAGC